CCUCACCUUCCCGUCGCCGGUCCGUUUUGACGGUUGCGCGAGACGCUCCUCGAGCCAUUCGUGUGUAAAGCUGUACAUAUGCCGACAUACUCUCGGCAUCCUGCAAAGGGAAUCAACAGAUCUUGGAAGAGUGGUAAUAGAUGGAGACGAGACACGGCGAAGACGUCUGUAGCUGGAGGGAAAGAGCUUCUUAAGCUGAAGACCACACAGGCACACCAGAAGGCAGCGGCCAACGGAUUGACCCCGGUCGUCGUAUCACCCUUCCAUUCGGGGAUGAGGUUCGUCCCGAUCGAAAGCUUCUGCGUGCCUUGCAGGCGGAUCAGGAUGCGACAAAGGCUCCCGCAGGCCGCUUUCCAUCUCGUCGAUCAGUCUACACCCUGUCUUCGGAUGUCAACUUGCAGCCCAAGAAGAGUCACACGUCAGCGAAGUGGCCCACAGCCAAGAGAGAGGUGGGCUUGUUCCACCAUGUAUGCGGUCGAUUGCAUCUUUGACUCAUCGUUCUCUUGAAAGUCUGGCUACAGUACAAAAUCAUCAUCACCACUUCCAGAGUGGAUCGCAACCUCUCUUGUGAAGGACCGUAGCUCUUCUACCGUCGAAACAGUCCCUACAUCGCCUUCGGUGGGCCCCUAUCUCAUUUACAAAGGAUCCCUUGACUUAGGUCGACAUGAAGGAGAGAGGAGAAAACUUCAUACCGUACCCGCGCAGCCAUCAUCUUUCAAGCUUCUCCAGCUCGGGUCAGCAGUUCAUUCUUCACAUGAUUCCCCCUCGCGGCCAGUCGAAGUCGA